AUGCUAAGAUUUGCUAGGAACUUCUCGUCAACGAGACGUAUCUUGAAGGGCCAGAACCUAACCGAAAAGAUCGUGCAGGCGUAUGCGGUGGGCCUGCCCGAGGGCAAGAAGGUGUCUUCUGGAGACUAUGUGUCGAUCCAACCGGCACAUUGUAUGUCGCACGACAACUCGUGGCCCGUGGCAUUGAAGUUUAUGGGGCUGGGUGCAUCCAAGGUCAAGAACCCAAGACAGAUCGUCAAUGCGCUGGACCACGACGUGCAGAACAAGACAGAGAAGAACCUAACCAAGUACAAGAAUAUCGAAAACUUCGCCAAGAAACACGGUAUCGAUUUCUACCCUGCAGGCCGUGGUAUUGGCCACCAGGUCAUGAUAGAAGAGGGCUACGCGUUCCCACUUAACCUGACCGUCGCAUCGGACUCGCACUCUAACACAUAUGGUGGUAUUGGGUGUCUGGGUACGCCCGUAGUGCGUACCGACGCAGCCGCCAUUUGGGCUACAGGCCAAACUUGGUGGCAGAUCCCACCUGUUGCUCAGGUGGAAUUGAAGGGCCAACUCCCUCACGGAAUCUCUGGUAAAGAUAUCAUCGUCGCGCUGUGUGGUGUGUUCAACAAGGACCAGGUGUUGAACCACGCCAUCGAAUUCACAGGUGACUCUCUCGAGAAGAUUCCUGUUGAUUACAGACUCACGAUUGCCAACAUGACAACCGAAUGGGGUGCUCUCUCUGGUUUGUUCCCAGUUGACAAGACUUUGAUUCAAUGGUACCGCAACAGACUCUCUAAGGUAGGUCCUAACCAUCCCAGAAUUAACAAGUCCCGCAUUGAGGAGCUCGAAGAAAAGUCCCAAACUUUGAAAGCUGAUGAAGAUGCAACCUACGCUAAGAAACUAGUCAUUGACCUAAACACUCUAACCCAUUAUGUUUCCGGUCCUAACAGUGUGAAGGUCUCAGCUACUGUGCAAGAACUCUCAGCUCAAGACCUUAAAAUUAACAAAGCAUAUUUGGUGUCUUGCACAAAUUCGCGUUUGAGUGAUCUCGAGUCUGCCGCCAAGGUUGUGUGCCCAACCGGUGAUCUUGAAAAGAUCAAUAAAGUUGCUCCAGGAGUGGAAUUCUACAUCGCCGCUGCUUCCUCAGAGGUUGAGAAGGAUGCAAAAGCAUCUGGUGCCUGGGAAAAGCUUUUGCGUGCGGGUUGUAAGACUUUGCCUGCAGGCUGUGGUCCAUGUAUCGGUCUCGGAACAGGUCUUUUGGAGCCUGGUGAAAUCGGUAUCAGUGCAACCAACCGUAACUUUAAAGGAAGAAUGGGUUCUAGUGAGGCCCUUGCUUACUUGGCAUCGCCAGCUGUUGUCACCGCCUCAGCUAUCUUGGGUAAGAUCGGAUCUCCAGCCGAAGUGCUAGGCCAGAAAGACGUGCCAUUCAACGGCGUUAAAGCCACUGUAGAGGAUGCCGCUCCAAGCUCGAACACAGAAACUAAAGCCGUCGAAUCGACCGGGUCUGUGGAGAUGCUAGAAGGUUUCCCAACAGAAAUAACCGGUGAGUUGGUGCUAUGUGACGCAGACAACAUCAACACCGACGGUAUCUACCCAGGGAAAUAUACUUACCAGGACGAUGUGCCUCGCGAGAAAAUGGCUCAAGUGUGCAUGGAGAACUACGACCCUGAGUUCCAAACCAAGGCGAAAGCGGGCGACAUCAUCAUCAGUGGGUUCAACUUUGGGACAGGUUCCUCGAGAGAACAGGCUGCCACUGCCAUCCUAGCUAAGGGCAUCAAGCUCGUGGUCUCCGGUUCUUUCGGUAACAUUUUUUCCAGAAACUCGAUCAACAACGCCCUACUGACGCUUGAAAUCCCUGCUUUGAUAGAAAUGUUGAGACAGAAAUACGCCAACGAAUCCAAAGAACUCACAAGAAGAACCGGCUGGUUCCUAAAAUGGGAUCUUCCUAACAGCAAAGUCACAGUUACUGAAGGUUCCAUCAGCGGCCCAGUAGUGCUACAACAAUCUGUCGGUGAACUAGGUAAGAACUUGCAAGAAAUCAUUGUUAAAGGCGGGCUCGAAGGCUGGGUCAAGUCUCAAUUGUAA